AUGCUGUAAACAAAUGAUUUACUAUGUGGGAAUAGAUAUCAUUAUUCAGGAUUAAUUGAUGCAAUAUUUUAAAUUUAUAAAUAAGAAAAGUAAAUUUAAUAGAAUACUUAUAUUGAUUAAAGAGAUUGUAUGCUGGAUCAUCAAUAAUGGCACUCAGAACUGGAUUAGGAUCAACAAUUUAAUUACCUGUUUUUGAUUUUACUAAAGAACAUGGAUAAUAAUGGAUCAAAAAUUAAACUGAAUUAAAUAUGUUUGGUAGUGCAAAUGCAACUUUAUGGUUAUGUUUUAUUAACUUGUCCUAUUGAAGUGGCUUUGACUAGAUAUUUUAAUUAAUAAUUCGAUAAAAUAAUAAUUUAAAAUUUAUUUAUAGAAAUCCAACUGUUUAUUAAGGUUGUUUCCAUACCAUUAAAUUAAUCUUUAAAUCAGAAGGCUUUUAAGUUUUAAUAAAGGAUUAGGAGGUUUAUUCUUUAGAUCUGGUCCUCAAUCUUUUAUCUCAUUAUUGAUUGUUAAUCAAUUAAAUAGUCUAAGAAAUUAAAAAAAAUAAUGA